AGAAAAAAAAAUGAAACAAAGAGUUUCGAGAUCAAUCUUUUCUUCGCAAUAAAGUUGAAGGAAAGCAAUUUGUUAUAAUCCAACAUAGAUCAGUCAUAGCAUAGAAAGCAUUUACUUUCAGGAAGCAAAAACGACCAAGAUAUUAAAGCAAAAACGACCAAGAUAUUAUCGGAAAAAUGGAAGGCAAUCAGCGCUUCAGGAGCUUAUCCAGAAGGCGAUCUGAGAAGGAAGAAAAGCUCAUCCGCGGCUCCAAUUCAAUGCCCUCAGCCUUGAACCCUCGGAUUAUCCCGACGGUGAGCGCCUCGGAAACCCGGGAAACCGAGCCGGAGAACUCCGAUGACCUGGCGAUCUUGGAGAUUUGCCUCAAUUCAAUGUCCUCAGCCUUGAACCUUUGGAUUAUCGCGACGGGGAGCACCUCGAAAACCCGAGAAACCGAGCCGGAGAACUCCUCCGCCGUCGGGAGCG